GACCCUGUUGAUUUCUUCAUGGCCAGAAAUAAAAACACUGAUUGAACGAUCUUCUCCCUCUCUCUCUAUAUAUAAGAACUCAUAUCAACAGACCAUCAUCUCUCUCAAUGCUCCCAUAAACAUGGACCCCACAAAUCGCACCCACAAUUCCAGCGACGCCCGCAUCACCGUCGAAAUCUCAGAACGACCCACAUCUUAUUCCGAUCAGGCCGAUAGAUCGGUCCCCUUGCUUCCCCACGUGACCCAUACACGAUCAAAGCCAUCCGUCUUCGACAAUCUCCGUAACUUCCAUAUAAGUCUCCGAUGGUGGACGCUCGACCACUCAUCAUGGAUCGGAAAGGCCGUAUCCUACUUGGCAUUCGCCACCCUCUCCAUCGCCAUACCCAUCAUCUGCAUCCUCUCCGUUCAUGUCCCACACGCCAUGGCCCCCGGCAUCGCCUUCUACAAGCUAGCCCAGAUACCUGAGUCAGCCCACGCAGCCAUCGCUUUCUUCACACUAGCCCGCUUCUUCCACCGCUACGGCCUCCGCCAUCUCCUCUUCCUCGACGGCCUCCAAGACGACUCGCUCUACGUCCGCCGCGGCUACGCCCGCGAGCUCGACCGCUCCUUCCGCCACCUCACCUACAUACUCCUCCCGUCGUUCGCCGUCGAACUCGCUCACAAGAUCAUUUUCUUCUCGAUGGUGUCCGUGAAGGUUCCAUACGUGCAUGCACGUGUACCAUGGAAUUCGAUCAUGUUCGUAGCGGUUCUGGCGUCGUGGGUGUAUCGGACGGGCGUGCUCCUGCUUGUAUGCAUGUUGUUUCGGCUCACGUGCGAGCUACAGAUACUGAGGUUAGAAGGUUUUAGGAAGCUGUUGGAGGGAUGUGGGUCAGAUGCAGGUGUAAUAUUCAAUGAGCACAUGAGAAUAAAGAAGCAGUUGUCAGUUACAAGUCAUAGAUAUCGGGUUUUUAUCAUUGGGUGUUUGGUUACAAUCACAAUCAGUCAGUUGGGAGCUCUGCUGUUGGUAUUGGCUUCAAAAUCUGAGAAGAAUUUCUUCAAUUCAGGGGAUCUUGUGGUGUGUUCGGCCGUUCAGCUGAGCGGUUUCUUCAUGUGUCUUAUGGGGGCCACACGGAUCACACAUAGGGCACAAGGGGUGGUGGCCAUCGCUACAAGAUGGCAUAUGCUCAUGACAUGUGCCUCGAAUGCUAGAUCCAACGGUCUGGAUUCAAAAAAUCCGGAGCCAGUGCCAGCGACGGAGGGAUUCUUGGUGUCCACUUGUGGGAGCGAUUCCGAGACGUCGGACACUUUGAUCGUGUUUCCGACACAAGAUGCCUCUCCCUUUGAAACCAGGCAAGCUUUAGUGACGUAUUUACAGCACAACAAUGGAGGAAUAACGUUGUUUGGAUUCCCACUUGAUCGAGGAUUGCUCCACACGCUUUUUGCAUUCGAGUUCUCUCUGGUGUUAUGGAUCUUAAGCAAAGUUGUUGUUCUUAAUUGAUCUUUUUCUCUCUCUCUCUCUCUCUUUCUUCUUAUAAUGGUGAGAUUAAAAGGUUUUAAUGAUAUUUGGAAAGAGAUUGUAUAAAAGGAACAUGGAGUAGGAAACCAUCUUCCUUCAUGUGAUAUAAUUAGUAUCAUGUUUCCAGACUUGUAGUGGAAGUGUACAAAUACAACUUGUUUGCUUGAAAUGAA